AUGGUUCAGCUGGGAAAAGUGCACAACUCCGUCUUCUCAGGCAUUGCGGAAGCUACUCUGGCUUUGGCGAAUGUGAAUUUUGACUUUUCAUUGGUCAAGGUGAACGCCCCGGUCGAGUUUGAGGCAGUUGGUCAUGCUCUAAGCACUUUCCGUCGUGAUCUUGCGGAAUCCGGAUCUAUUCAUAUAAUAGCUAGAAAGCUAAGCGCCAUCUUUGAGGCUAUUGUCCCACCAACACCAAGACUAUACGAAGCAUAUGGACGGAGAGCCUCGGGUAUCUGUCGGCACUACGAAGAGAAUGAACCAGGUGCUGAAAGACUAGGUCUGUUCGCCGACUUCGCUGGUCCAGACGGCAUGUCAAUAUGGGCAGCUGCUACGUCAGGCAAGGCUGCAAUUGCAGUCCAUCUGCUGGCAUGUGUCCUCGCAAGAUUUUGGAAAGCAGCAGAAGCUAUUUCGAUAUGGGAGGAAAUUAUCAGUGUUCGCAAGAAGCUUCUUGGAGAGGCGGCGAACGAUGAGACAUUUCAGAUUGCCACCAUUCUUGCCUCUCAAGUGUCGUUAACAAGGGAACAACUUGCAGAAUGGGACAACAGCGCAAGAGCAUGGCUCAGGUUCGCUGAUCGAGCUAAUGAUGUGCAGCAAACCAAGCUCAAGCUUGUCAUCGACGAGAUACAAAGACCCAUAGAUACAAAAUCUUCUCUGUAUGAGAGUGUCAUUGAUGCUUGGACGGUGGCUCUCCGCGGCAUGGAAGAAUUGCUUAAGGGCGCCUCUCAGGGUGUUUCUCAUUCUGGGUUGAUACUGGCACUUUCAUGUUGGCAUCUUUAUCCCGACCUCAGUUUCGAGGCUGGUGCUCCUGUCUUGCAGAAAGAUGAGCUGUUCCCACGUGGGACCACUGUCUACCUCAACCUGCAGGGCAACCCGAACACGAAUAAGCGCGGCAUUUACUGGUCCUUGUCACUUUCUCAUAUGAGGUUCUAUGGGGCGCCUAUAUGGUCUGAGAGCAGCUAUGCCACGGAUUCAUCGAGGAUAUCUUUCACUCAACUAUUACACGCCGUGCUUGGUUCAACAAGCAGCCAAUGGACUAUCAAGUCUCCUUCACCGCUUGACGCCUCUCGCAUCAUACUGGCAAUGUUUAAAAGCUUCGAAGGCAAUGCUCCAGCAUGGUUACGGAUGCUCGAAGUUGCUGCUGCAGAUAUGCUGGACUCAAGCGACACUGCGAGGCUUUUGAAUAUGAAGCUGUAUAGGGUCGGUCAGGAAAGAGGAGCAUCAAUGCUAGCGGAUCCCCGCACGCAUCCGCUCCCAGUCUUCGGCUUCUCAGACCCCUCACUGUUCCUAAGGUCCUUGAAAAGCCCAGAAUAUAAGCUCAAAAUCCUUCGGAAAUACGCAGAACGGUUCUUUCCCAUGGCGAACGGGCGAGACGUGAUUUUGAAGAUCAACUGCCCCCAAAGCAGGUAUGCGCAAUUACCACCAGUGCCACAGGACUCCUUUUAUGAUGACAUUCAUACUCGCACAGAGCACACUGCGACCUCUGGUGCAUUUCCUGCUAUUACAUCUCAAGACAGGCACCGUACCAUUACUGAUGCGAACGUUGAGGGGGGUGGGAGUGAAUCAAAUGCUAGAGAUGUCUGCUCCGAAGGCCUACGGUAUACAGUCACGCUACACAGAGCAGAAGAAGACAGAGAAUCGCCAUUCACAGAACACUCGCAAGGCGAGCGAGCGGACUUGACGUAUGAUGCUUUCUUCUUUGAGCAACCACAAGAAAAAGAAAGGGUAGACUCAAAAGGCACCCCCAUUGAAAAUGGUCCUGCCGGCACGGUUUCUGAAGUACAGCCCAUGGAUCCUUCAACCGUACCAAGAGUAGUAGUCUUUGAGGCUACUGAUGGCCGAGAUACGUUGUCUGACAAGGACGGAAAUCCAGCGCCAGAAUCAGACAUCUAUGAUGAGUAUAUCUCUGCAUUUCCACUGGAAGGAAUUCAUGCACAUCGACCAAAGUCCUAUCUUCACUGGUCCUACAGAGACGUCUGUGACGAUGCGUGCUUCCUUCGCAGUGACGAUCAUCACGUCCACUUUAAGGCUAGCGACUGGAUAUUCCCGGACAACAACAUCAAUUCAAUUGCCAUUCUCCCACCAGACUCGCGGGAUGAUGAUCGUACCUCAAACGAUUGCGAACUUGGAGUCAGGAGAGACUUUUUCUUUGGGGAUCCUAGAUCUAGUGCGAUGUUCGUCCAUCCAGACUUAAUCGCCCAGUUCGAGGCCGCCACGACAGGUCCCAGGUGGUCACAAAAACUCAAUAUGAGAAGGGAGAUCGACUUGAUCGAUAUCGAAGAAGCCUUCUGCUCGAACCAGAUAGACAUGGACAUGUGGGCGUCAGACAUAGAGAACAGGCCAGAAAAACGGCAAUCCCUCUACUACCAGUCCCUCGCCGCCCUAGCAUCGGCUUGGAAUCUUUACAACGACUUGGGCCAGGCAACAGUCCAUCCAGCUAUCCUAGGUAGACGUUUCCUGGACUCGGCAUGGACGAAGAGUCUCAAACUCGAAUUCGCCCCGCUCACUCAUCCAGAAUGUCGUACCCUCACUCGUCAGCAGGCCUUUGCGUGCAUUGCUGAACUCGAAACUGGCGGAAUUGGUCUCGCGUCUUCCAAGUUUGAAUCUGUCAUGGCAAUGUCCAUUGGGGAAUCCAUCUACGUUGCAGGGCCUCUUUUACAAGAUCCAUCCGGACCCCGUGAACCCGACAAGGUCAUCCGGCUUGAUGGAAAUGUAGGCAAGUCGGGCCUAGCACUCAUGAUCCCCCCUGCAGAGCCAAUGAUCUCGAAAUCCAACCCUGAAAGCUGGCUUAGGAUCGAUCGACAAGAGUAUGACGGACAACUACAGGACUGUUUCUCACGAACCAGCCUACACCUGUCUUUCACAGACUGGUCUGUUCCCGUCGGUACAGGUGUUGCAGAACGAGGUCAUCGCAGCCCUGAAGCCUCGCUUGUGGAGACUCUUGUAUCCGUCUUCGAUGGGGGGAAGUGGAUUGGUGACUUGGACGCCUUGACAGCCCUACGGCGAGGCUGUUCGCAGCCGGAUCACGAAUUCUUCUACUGUCACACUUGUGAUCAUGAGCUUAGUCCGGUGGAUGAGGAUCACUCAUAUCCAAAUGCUACUAUCGUGGCUAUUAAGUCGUGGGACGAGUUCCUUGAGAGACCCAACAGUCCAGCAGUGGUCAUGACACAUGAAAAUUGGGAAGCUAGACUAGCAGCAACAGUUAUGGGAGUGGCAAGAGGGGAUAGGGUUUUCCUCUGCAGAGGCGCUGUUUGUCGGGAUUGUCUUUUGAAGCUGGAAACCUUUGGGGGUGAAAAUCUCGUUAAACGAGCACUGUUUAUUGCUUGA